AUGACGCCCUCUGAUUGCCCAGCCAGAGAUUCCAAAUUUACCAUGUUCACAUUGCAAUGGUUUGCUCUGCAUGUGGUGAUUGUGCUUGUGGGAGCAUCAGCAUGUCUCAGCAAGACGGACACACCGCCAAUGAGUCAAGAGGAGAGAAUACAAUUAAGAGAGGAGGCAAGAGAUAUGUUCUAUCAUGCUUAUCGAGCAUACAUGGAGAAUGCCUAUCCAGCUGAUGAACUGAUGCCAUUGAGUUGUAAGGGUAGAUUUCGUGGAUUAACACCAAAUAGGGGUGAUAUAGAUGAUUGCCUAGGAAAUUUUUCAUUAACCUUGAUUGAUACUCUAGACACGCUGGUGAUUCUCGGCGACUUCGAGGAGUUUGAACAUGCAAUAAAACUUGUGAUAAACGAUGUUUCAUUCGACAGUGAUAUUAUUGUCUCGGUUUUCGAGACAAAUAUCCGUGUAUUAGGUGGACUCUUAUCAAGCCAUGUCCUCGCUGAAUACAUCAAGCAACAGACUGACUACGUCCAAUGGUACAAAGGCGAACUCCUGGACAUGGCCAAAGACAUCGGCUACCGCCUCCUGCCAGCGUUCAACACCACCACCGGCAUCCCGCACUCGCGCGUCAACUUAAAAUACGGCAUCAAGAGCAACCGCCUGGACACAGCGAAAGAAACAUGCACUGCCUGCGCCGGUUCCAUCAUUCUAGAAAUGGCCGCCUUAAGCCGACUCACCGGCGAGCCAAUCUUUGAACAGAAAGCGCACCGCGCCAUGGAUGAACUAUGGAAGAUGCGCCAUCGUAGUUCCGAUCUCAUGGGCACUGUUCUAAACGUGCACAGCGGUGAUUGGGUACGACGUGAUUCCGGCGUCGGCGCCGGCAUUGAUUCCUAUUACGAGUACUGCCUGAAAGCGUACAUUCUACUCGGCGAUGAUCGAUAUCUGAAUCGAUUUAAUCGACAUUACAGCGCGGUUAUGAAAUACAUCUCACAAGGACCGAUGUUGUUGGAUGUACUCAUGCAUCGACCGCAUACAAAUUCAAGGAAUUAUAUGGAUGCGUUGUUAGCGUUCUGGCCGGGGUUGCAAGUGCUCAAAGGUGAUCUUAAACCCGCGGUGGAGACGCAUGAGAUGUUAUAUCAGGUUAUGCAACGGCAUAAAUUCAUUCCCGAAGCGUUCACGACGGACUUCCAAGUGCAUUGGGGUAAUCACCCACUACGACCGGAGUUUUUAGAAAGUACUUACUUUUUAUACGGCGCGACGAAUGAUCCGUACUAUCUGGAAGUUGGUAAGACUGUUUUGAAAACUCUGCAGAAGUACGCGCGUGUGCCGUGCGGUUAUGCAGCCGUGAAUGACGUGCGCACUGGAAAGAAAGAAGACCGUAUGGAUUCAUUCGUACUCUCUGAGACAUUAAAGUAUUUAUACUUACUUUUCGCGGAUCGUGAUGAUUUGCUUCUGAAUAUGGACGAGUUUAUUUUUACGACAGAAGGACACUUAUUACCGCUGUCAUUGGCGAGUAUAGGCAACUAUUCGCACUCGAUUGAAGAGUUGGAUCAGUAUGAGCAUGCGCGUACAUGUCCGAAUACUCUGCAGUUGUUUCCGGAGUCGGUGCGCAAGCCACUGCGCAACAUGGUGGAUGGCAUGUGUCCUCGUCGGGUUGGUAAGCGCCGCCUCACGGCGAACGACUUCUCCUCAGCCAAUGUAAACCAUCUGAAAAUCAUCAAAGAGAUGGGGAUUAAUAUCAUCGCGUUGAAUGAUGGCCGCGUACAAUUAGUUCAUACUUUCGCCGCGGCGAGAUCUUCUGCUGAUGCAGAGGAGGGUUUAUUAUUCAUGCAGGAAAUGGUGGAGUUGUCGAAAAUACAAUCACAGCAACCGGAUGCGUCACCGCAGGCGGUUUCAUUCGAUGCUAUGCAACCGGAUGGAGAAGUAAAGCGGAUUACUCUUGCUGCAGGCCCCUCCCACUUUGGUACUAACCUCAAAGAUGAUAAAAAGUAUCCGCGCCCCACGAUUAUCGUACAUCCAUCACGUGGGUGUGGAGAAAUGCCGCAAGGCGAAGAUAUAAAAGGAAAAAUCGCCAUUAUGGAGCGUGGUGAUUGUAUGUUUGUAGAAAAAUCACGCCGCGUUCAACGUUUGGGUGCUGUAGGCGCAAUUAUCAGUGAUAACACUCCUGGCAGCGCAGAUUCAUCUCCGAUGUUUCCAUGUCCGGUGAUGGUACUGAUGAUGUUCACAUUCCCACGGUGUUUCUGUUCGCGCAGGAAGCUUCUAAACUUCUGCUUACACUGUCAAAACAACCUAACCUUGAAGUGACCAUUGCCGAGUUGAAGACAGGCACGGAAACAUGGCCGCCGAGUAAAGAGGAGUCCAUGUUUCAGAAACUGAAGAUAUCCGUCCAGGAGUUCCUCAAUAAACACACCGGCAUUGAUUUCACGGAAGAAGUAAGAGUUGGUU